UCCCGCGCGCGCGCACAGUUCCUGCUUCCCGAUGAGCUGCGGCGUUUGCUGGGAUUCAUUCAGCUGCAUAAACUGACCGAGUUUAUUCCUUCAUCAUGGCGAACCCUAAAGUAUUUUUUGACAUCACCAUCGAUGGGAAGGAGGCGGGAAGGAUCGUGAUGGAGCUGAGAGCUGAUGUUGUGCCGAAGACCGCUGAGAACUUCCGUGCACUGUGCACCGGAGAGAAGGGUUUCGGCUACAAGGGCUCCGGCUUCCACCGCGUCAUCCCCCAGUUCAUGUGUCAGGGGGGUGAUUUCACCAAUCACAACGGAACCGGAGGAAAGUCCAUCUACGGCAACAAGUUUGAGGAUGAAAACUUCACACUGAAGCACGGAGGCAAAGGCACCCUGUCUAUGGCCAACGCCGGCCCCAACACCAACGGCUCGCAGUUCUUCAUCUGCACCGCUGACACCAACUGGCUGGACGGUAAGCAUGUGGUGUUCGGGAAGGUUGUGGAUGGUAUAAGUGUUGUGGACACCAUCGAGAAAAAAGGAAGUAGCAGCGGGAAAUGCUCCGCCAAGGUCGUGAUCGCCAACUGCGGCCAGCUCUAACUCCUCCACUCCUCUCUCUCGUUCCCUCACUCUCUCUGGUUUUUGUAUGGUCAUUCCUCAAUGAGACGCUCCUGUUUCAUGUAUUCUGACGGUUUCCAGGAUGCAACGUCUUCUGAAACGUGGAUUAAAGAUGAAUCCAGAUUCCUUUCA